UCUUCAACAGUCCAGCCAAAGUGAAGAUUGAGAUUCCACUCAGAGGGUUCGGUCCUGACCUCGGUCUUAGUGGUUGCAUUACGUGGAAAAAUCAGAAGAUUAAGAUCAAAGUGAGUUAUCUAUCAAGAUUAUUGAAAACUAAAUUCAGUCUAACGAGGAUAGCAGUUAUCGUCUAGUUCAAACAAAAGCCUUACCAUGCGCUCGCCACGUGACAUCUUCACAUUCUACGACCCAACCACCAAGAUAUGGCGAGGCACCGAUACGCAGCCUAUCUACAACCCGAACCAAUCGCUGGGCGCCCUAAUGCUUGCCACCCUGAACCGCAAUCCCCAGCAGAUAGCCCAGAUCAGUGCGGACUCUGGCGUUCGAGUGACCUGCGGUGAAAUACGUCUCCGGACAAUCCGUGCAGCGCAGAACCUCCAAAGGCUGGGCUAUGGCCAGGGAAACGUCUUUACCAUGGCCGUUCGGAACAGCGAAAACGUGGCCCCGGUGCUGUUUGCCUGCUUAACGCUGGGAAUUCCUGUGAACCUUCUGGACGCUUCUUUCAAACGCGAUGAUCUGAGUCACAUGCUGAGCACGGUUCGACCACAGGUCGUAUUCUGUGAUCAGGAAACGUGGCCGGAAAUGGCGGUGGCUUUGGAAAUGACCAAACUCCAGUCGGAUGUGUUUAUUUUCGGAGACGAAGGCGUUGAGGGGUUCAAGCAUAUCAACGAGCUGCUCGUCGAGACGGGGAAGGAGGAUGAGUUCGUGCCGGAACACUUCAAAGACACUGACUCGCGCCUGGCCGUAAUUGUGUGCUCUUCCGGUACGACCGGUCGACCCAAGGGCGUCUGCCUCUCCAGCUCAAGCCUCAUUGCAAACGUUAUCAGCAUGACGGAAAUCUACUCCUCGGAUGCGAUCCUCAGCUUCAGUUCCCUGUAUUGGAUGUCGGGGUUGUUUUUCCUGUUGGCAGGAACCGCCGCUGGAGCAACGCGGAUUAUCACACGAGACGUGUUCAGUCCGGCACUUGCGUUGGAAAUCAUCGAAAAAUACCGAGUCACCGUGGCAUUCUUCCCUCCGGCUACGGCUCUUCAACUGCUGAAGCAUCCGCAAGCCCCGGAAACGGACUUUUCCAGCAUGCGAGUGAUGUUCUCCGGUGGGUCAGCCGUUUCUGCAGAACUUAAGUUCGCGCUGGACAAGUUGAUACCGAACUCAACCUGUCUCGUCGGGUAUGGACUGUCGGAAGUGGGAGGGGCUGCAACGUUUAGCGACCCAGAUACCUACAAAGGCGGCUCCACCGGAUACUUGAGACCUCUAGUGCAGGCCAAGAUCGUUGAUGCGAAUGGCAAUGCUUUGGAUAUCGAUCAGGAAGGUGAGGUUCUGUUGAAACCCGAAUUCAAGUUCUCAGGGUACUACGGAAACGAUGAGGCUACAGCGGAGAUGCUGGACCCGGAAGGUUGGCUGCACUCGGGUGACAUUGGUCGGUUCGAUAAGGACGGUCUGCUGUAUGUGGUCGAUCGCAAGAAGGACAUCAUCAAGUACGGCAACUAUCAAAUUUCGCCUAGUGAGAUCGAAGGAGUGAUUCAAACCGUUCCUGGAGUGGUGAAUGUUUGUGUUGCUGGCAUACCGGUUCCGGGGAAUGAUCUACCGGCUGCGUUGAUAGUGAGGAGUGCCGAGGAGAACGUAAGUGCUGAGGAUGUGCACAAAGUGAUGGAUCUCAAUCUGGGCAGCUACAAACAACUUCGUGGAGGAGUGUAUUUCACCAAGGAGCUUCCAAUGACGGCCUCCGGGAAGGUUCAGCGCAGGCUUUGUAGAGACAUUUUAAUUGGACUGUAUAAUAAUAGUAACAUGUGAGAUGACGGUUAAAGAUGUACAAUUAAACUUGAUUCCAGAUUCCGGUGAACCUACCUUUAAAUUUACAGAUACAACAAACUAUCUUAAAUGUUCCUUUUUUUAUUUUUGAUUAAAAUUUUCUAGUGAAUAAUGCAUUUGUUGCAUAUGGUGAUGUGCUAGUAUCUAUCGUAUUAUGCUUUAGUUAGGGAAAACCUGCAAUUUUCCCAGUAUUGCUGUGAAUAAUGCUGAUACAAACCGAUGCCUGCUAACAAUUCAUUCCCAAAACGGCUUUCUCAUUGUGCAAUAAGAUUUUGAUAAAUCUUGAUCGUUUACCUAUUGAAAAUAAUACAAUGAAAUUAUAACUUGCCGUUUUUUCUA